CAUCACAGUUAUAAUAGAGCUAUCACAUGGAUCAUUUCAAAAACAAGAUAGAGAUGUUUUAAACCUGUGCUGAAUUUCUGAUUUGGCUGCAGUAUUUGGCAUUUGGCAACUAAAGAAAUGGAAGAUAAAGUGACUAGUCCAGAGAAAGCUGAAGAAGCAAAAUUAAAAGCAAGGUAUCCUCAUCUGGGACAAAAGCCUGGAGGUUCAGAUUUCUUAAGAAAACGGUUACAGAAAGGGCAAAAAUAUUUUGAUUCUGGGGAUUACAACAUGGCUAAAGCGAAAAUGAAGAACAAGCAACUUCCUGCUGCAGCCCCGGAUAAGACGGAGGUCACUGGUGACCACAUUCCCACUCCACAGGACCUUCCUCAACGGAAACCAUCCCUUGUUGCUAGCAAGUUGGCUGGCUGAUUAAAAGCACUGAACUGCAUGAAUCUUCUAACUCCCAAUAUUUCUCCUUAAUAUGUUACUUCUCGGCAUUUUGUUUCGUUUCAUUCACUGAGUCAUUUGAGACUGACAGCUUUGCAGGUAGUGGUAGUGUGUGCUGCUAUUGUAAGGGGAUAUAUAUGUGUAGAGUUUUGAUUAGUUUAACAGUGCACUGAUGAAAGGGACAUGUUAGAACAACAUAAGGUAAUCUACUUGAAAAUAAUUAUAUAUAUUACCUAACUCCUAGUGUAGUGCUGGUUCCAACAAGUAACAAGUUUUAAAAAUUUUAAUGUUUUGGAUUUUCCUUACUUCAUCUUAAUUAUAGCUUUGUAUGUUACUCUUAUUUAAUAUAACCUCUAUUGUAUUGAUUUCUUUGGGAUGUUGUAAAACAGAAGUUUAAGACCACAAGUUGGGAUAAAGGUGUUACGUAUUUCAGACACAAAUGAAUAGAUGGGGCUCUGUGCUUGAACUUGAAUGGCCUUAAACCUGUUUCACCUUUAACAGUAGAAUUUUACUUGGGCAAUAUUUGCCCAUUCUGGUGUAACUUAUGUGACUCUAGUGCUUAAUAGCUGCUGUUGAAGCUAGUAUUCUUAGUUCUAUAGUGUUUAGAAUACUUUUUGUUGACGAUGUGAAUGACGUGUGCAUGUGCAUUGACUGUUGAAUUCACUUUUGUGCCAUUUUUGUAAAUACAAUAGUUUUGCACAACCUCUCACAAAUGUCUGUAUUAAUUUCACACUUUAAAAAAUAGAUGUGCCAACUAUAAGCACAAGAGUUCCUACACAAAACUCUGUAUGUCAUUAGAGCUUUUGUAUAUUAAGAAUAGUUUACAAUCUGGGACUUACAGAACAAAAUUGAAAUCUUUACUCAGUCUGCCAUAGACUUUAAGCCUUUUUCAUUUGUUACUAAUAUCCGUGACAUUCAGUGGCCUUGUGCAAAUAUGAUAUGUUGCUUAGGCAUAUCUUUUGUCCUAUGCAGAACAUUUCAUUCUGACUUUUAUGAAAAUUGCAAUUCAUGUAAUUUAUAUAAACUUUUUUAACAUAGAAACUUUUUACUUCCACAGUCAACUUUGGGGGCGCUAGAAUGGCUUCAAUACUCUGUCCCUUGCCCUUCACUCCUCCCUUUUUUCUUCUUUGACUCAAAUGGAGUUGGGCUGUUUGGUCUAUUUAGAAGCAUAGCAUCUGUGUUCUAACUCUUUAAAUUUGCUCUGCUGAAUGCUGUGUUUAAUGCUAAUAGUGUUUUCCUUAUAAUUUCUCAGUUGUUAAUUAACCACUCUUAAUCCUAUAUUAUUAAUAUUUGAUCAUUGCUUAAAUAAAAGGAACUUUAUGAUGCAACAAAUACUUGAGAAGACUGACCCAGGAACCUAUGUCAGGAUAAGCUAAGUGAAUUAGGCUUGCUAUAAUUAGAGUAAUUUAUCUGAUAGGUAGAAGAUACACACAUUAAAAUAUUUAAUUAGAUAUUUUGCUUCUAUAGCUGUCACUUUAAGAAAAUUACUGAUUUACUGUUACUUGUGGUUGAUCUAGUUAGUAAGAAUUUAAUUGGGACAUAUUUACCACUCUUUGAAGAGCUCUUCCCAUAUGUUGUAAUGCUGUAGCAUGAUAAUGAGCAUCAGUAGCCUGAAAGGAUACUAUUUUUCUUCUCAUCCUUAACUUGCACAGAGUCUCCUCUCUUUUGGAUUCAGGCAUCCUUUCUGGAUCUUGGAUCCAUUUGUAUACCUGCUUCCUGUGACCCCAAAUCAUAAUAGAUGGUGUCUUGAGCAUAGCACCCGCAUUUAAAGGCUGCCUAGCGCUCUGAGGAAAGCUCACUGAUUGUCUUCCUGCUUCGCCACUCCCCAAAGCAGAACAGAACAAAACAAAAUCAGUAACGUGCUUAUUUGUAGUUUUAAGGAUCAGUAAUAUAUAUAUUUAUAAUGGGAGCAGGUAGAUUAUUCUAAAAUAUAUAUAAUCAUUGUAGAAUCAAUUUAAGAAUUAUGUGAUAUUCCAAAGUAGAAUUUCUGUAAUAUCUAGUCUUGUUUUUUUAUGGAUUUUUGGAAGCUAUCACCAUUCAAUUCACACAUGUGAGAUGAUUAAUCUGAAAGAACAGGGGGACCAUGUUACUCCUGAUCAUGAUAGGACUCCUGCUGUGGUUUGGGACAGAUGAUAUAACCUCUGCCUGAGUUUUAGUUUGUAAAAUACAAUGCUAAUAUUUAACCUACCUCAAAACUUGUUGAGGAUCUGUGAAAUGCUGAGUAAGUGCCCAAAAUAAAAUAUUGUUGAUUAUCUCUUUAUUAAAGGUCAAAUUUCCUCAUUAAACCAACCUGCCUUCUGGAAAGUCGCAGUACUUCAGAUCUCAGGAUUUUCCAUUGGGAAAGACCUGUCACUAAGGAUUCCUAGGUGAAAUUGCUUAGCUUCCAUUGUUGGUGCUUAGCAGAGAGAGGUUUUUAAUUUUUCUAUUUUUUUGUUCUGCCUCAAACCUCAGUUUAUUGAAGACAUACUUCUAGGCUGUUUUACUAUUGCGUGAUGAAGAUAUUGACUAGAUGAGCUUAAUUGUCCAUUCAUAUGAUUUCAGAGUUGUGGGAAAUGGCUAAUUUUAAUCAUUGUCCUGUUUAUUAUAAAUAAAUGUUGGAGUGAUCUGAAGUUGGAGAUGAAUACUUUAUGAAAACUGGCUAAGGUCUGAAAUAAAUGACCUGUUUAUUUCAUGUCCCAGUAGCCCCUAAUUUGAGAAACAUUUCAUUUUUGAAAGCUACAUCUGACUAGGACAAUUAUAGUUCUUGGCAAAUUGAGAGAGUAAGGGUUAUUGGAUUGUUUUGAUGAAUUGGAAGGAGCAUGUUUGUGGUCUCUUUACAAGUUGUUCAAUAUUCUGCUGCUGCUUACCUAAAAAUACAUCUUAACUUUCUUCAAGACAGGCCUGGCAGGACCUCUGCUUGUUAUUACUCCAAUAGUUGGCAUUAUUGCUCUUACAUGAUGUAACAAAGCUAUACCUCUGAAUAUUCAUUGAUACUUUUUUCUAAAUCAGACAUGUAUUCUUUCUCAGUCCACAUUAGUGAAGUUUUAUCAAAGCUAAAGUGUAAUGCCUACUCAAAUUGUGCUCUAAACUUGGUGUUUGUUAAUCCAGGGACAGGAAGAGCACUUCUGGGUGGCAACUAAAGUAGUUUCUCUGAUGGCCUUUUCACAUUCCACAACAUUGAAACAUUUCGUCCAUUUUUCAUUUUCCUUCUUUCACUUUGUUUCGCCUUACCCCAUCCCUGCGUAUUCCUUAAGCCCACUGAUAGCACUCAUUAAGUGGUAUUUAGGGCUGAUGAAUUAUUGACCCUUAAUAUCCUUUCCAAUACACCACAAAACACUGUCCUAAUCUGGAAAAUGAAUAAUUUGAACCACUGUCCCAACUCUGCAACUCAGCAUGCACUGCCAGUCUUCCCCUAUCUCUCUUAUUCUCCCAAUUCCCCAAUACACCUUGUAAAAUUGCAAUCAAAGAAAUCUGACUCUGGAAUUGUUAACCUACGGAUAAAACCACUGAUUUUUAUACUGUUUUAUUAGUUUAAGCAUUUUAAAUAGACAGGCUGUGGAUUUUUAUCCUGCAAAUUGAUUUACUGGUAGUUGUGGUAGCCAUUAAUGUAUGUUUGUAUUAUGUUAUUUAUCAGCUAAAGAGAAGAUGGAAGAAAACAUUUCUUUAAUACGUGCCCCUAAAUCUGUUACUUCAUCUCUGUCAUUUGUGAUGCAAUAUGACACUUCGCCUAUAGUAAAAGGGCCAAGAAUAAAUGGCUUUUUUGUAGAACCCAUCUAUAAAGUUUGGAGUUUAUGCUGAAAUUUGUCAAAUAGCCCUUCCAAAAUUACACUUGUGAAAUAUAAAAAAAAAAAUAAUAAAAUUGAUCUACCUAAUUUCUACUCA